AUGGCGAGCCUGCCGGGCGGGAUUCAAGGGCUGUACCCCGAGGCGCUGAGCCCCGAACAGCUGGAGAAGCUGCGCGGCUUCAAGAUCCAGACUCGGAUUACUAAUGAAAAGUACCUAAGGACCCACAAAGAAGUGGAGUUGCUCAUAAGUGGUUUCUUCAGAGAAAUGUUUUUGGAAAGACCAGACAACGUUCAAGAAUUUGCUGCAGACUAUUUCACGGAUCCAAGACUUCCCAACAAGAUUCACAUGCAGCUAAUUAAGGAGAAGAAAGCGGCUUAA